CUAGAAUGAAAGCGAAAGCAAAACUGAGAAAAACAGGCUCAAUGAGCACAGACCAAAUAUAAAAACUCGGAGUUUAGUCAGCCAAACAGACAGAGGACAUCAACCGUGAAGAAAGCAAUGGAAACAAGCACUUACAGGAUCAUGCAUCUCGACAUCCUUUUCUGUUUUCUGGUUUUGGCUGUGCUUAGCAGCUCAUGUGUUGAUCAAGUGAAAUUUGGACCCCUCUGCGGUGGAAACCCAGAUAACAUGAAAAGAGGAUGUGAUACAAAGUAUGGUUGUGGACACUAUGGAGCCAGCCGUGGGAGCAAGAAACACAUGGGUCUGGACAUUGUGUGUUCUGAUGGAGCCUAUCUUUAUGCUCCAUUUGAUGUCAGGAUAAUCGGCAGAGCUAAACCAUAUGGAAAUAACAAUGCUAUUGAUGAUGGGAUAACCUUAAUGGGUGAAGGUCUCUGCUUCAAGCUCUUCUACGUUAUGCCAGAUCAGUUGUCCGGGACCCGGUUUAAAUAUGAAAAGAUCGGACGUCUUCUGCCCAUGCAGAAAGUUUAUCCUGGCAUCACUUCCCAUGUUCAUGUUCAAAUGUGUGACAAAUCAGAUCCAACAAAGUACUUCUGAUGGAGCCGAUGACCGACUGCCACCUUCAAACUUCUGUUGCAUUCAACUGAUCCAAAUGUCAACUUUUUUUGCAUUUUAUGUCAUUUGUCAGAUUUAAUUCCUUAAACUUACAGAGUUUCAAAUGCUUUGUACAGAACUUUGCGAAAUAACAAUAAAGUCAUUUAAUCUAA